AUGGCUGAAGCAUGUCAGGUAGCCCGAAAACAAGAUUUGCCUCCUCCGGGAGGCUACAAACCCAUACCAUACAAAAGACUACCUGCAAAGCAACUUUUCAGCGGUUAUACAAUGUUUGCUGGGUUCCUGGGUAUAACUGCAGUUAGUUCAUACCUGUAUUAUUUAACUAGCAAAAAGAUUACCAAGCAGGAGAUUGAGAUGAGAUCAGCCAAAAUGGCAAUAUAUCCGAUGUUAUUGGCGGAGAGGGACCGAGAGUUCUUGAAACAGCUCCGCAAGAACCGUGAUGCUGAAGCCGAACUCAUGCGCGACGUUCCUGGUUGGGAGGUCGGUACCUACUAUGGUGAGCGUGUUUACAAAAAUCUACCUCCGGACACCUUAGUACAGCCCAUUUUCCAUGAGUACUACGCACAUUGCAACCCAACUGACUGGUUCCAACGAGCCUACAUCAAGUUGCGCUCUUAA